AUGCAAGAAAUUGAGCAGAAAUAAGAUCUGAUUUAAUGUUCAUAACACUUUUACAAAAAAGCUACUUUUUUGAAGUUAGAUUUAAAGAAAAUUGAUGCUUAGGCUGUUUGCCAGUAUUGUGCUUUAUCAAGAUAUAAUGAAAAUGUCAGAGUACUUUUUAUUGAAGAAAUUAAUUCUGAUGAUCCUUAUAAUAUGAUAGCAAAUUGGCCGCCUGUAACAAAUUAAAAUUUAAUUGACUAAUUUGCUUAAAUAUGCGAUGAAAUUUACAUAAAUUACUUUGAGUCUUAGACAAAUCUAUAAUAGAUAACAGAAUAUUUUUCAAAAAUAAAAGAAAAUCUAAUAUAAAAGAUUUAAUAAAUAGAGAAGAAGUUUCUCCAAAUCGCUUCAGAGAUAAAUAUACAAGAUUUGAUGAAGGUUUAUAAUGAACUCAUUGAAAGAGAUAAAUUAAAAGAAGUUAUUAAGAAAUAUAGUGCCAGUUAAACAGAAGAGCUGAAAAAAAUAAUUUAAAAUGCAAAAGAAAAAACAGAUGUAAACUCUCGAGUAAUAGAAUAACUUAUUAAUUAAUAUGAGCAGCAGAAAAAGAAAAUUGAUUUAAAUUAAUUUGAUUUGUUUUUUGAAGGCAUUCACAAUACUUUGGAUAAUUUCUUUAUCAGCCAGGGAAAAAAAUUAGACACUUAUAAAUCCUUUACAGAUUUUAUUGUUUCUAGCCGAUUUAAUUAAAAAAUAUAAUUACUAGAUGGGGAGUUCUAAUAAUAUAUUACAGAUUUGAAUAGCAAUUACGAAUCUUACUUAUAAGAAUUACCUAAAAAUCUAGAAAAAGGGUAAAAGUAAAAGUUAAUUUAGCAGUAAAUGUAGAUCAUAGAAUCGUUAACCAAAAUCUUAAAAUAACAUAUAGAUACAAUAAAAAUGCCCUUGAAUGAAAAAAUUAAACUUAAACUUAAGCAAAAGUAAGUGCUAUCAAAUCAAUAAGAUUUCAAGAUAGAAGGUUAUAAAGUGAAUCAAAUGAAUGGAUACAAUUUUGCCUUUAUAGAUGUACCCAUUACAUAAGAGCAUGUUGGAGAUUCAUUCACUAUAAAAAUAAAUAACCUCUAAAACUGGAUUGGAAUAGGUAUUGUAGAUAAAAACUAACUUCUUUAAAAGAUCUAUAAAUUCACUGGCUUGUUUAGUGAUAAAUUUUGUUAUACUAUAUCUCAAAAUGGUUAUGCUUGGUCUUUGCUAUCAGAAAACUAAAAUAAGAAAAAGAUAUCUUUUUUCUUUAAGACCAAUGAUAUUAUAAAAAUAACCAUAUAAUAUGAACAUAUUUUAUUUGAAAAUCUCACAAUAAAUGACUCUUUUCUAAUGGACUUUUAAUUUGAAGAAGGAAAACAGUUUUGUCCUGGCUUCUGCCUUUUCAAUUAGCAUGAUCAAAUCGAAUUUAUUUGA